UAUCAACGCGAUGGCCAAGCGACUAUAAAUAAUCAAAAUGGUGCACCAAACUAUUUUCCUAAUAGUUUUGGUGGGCCUAGAGAAUGUCCAGCUGUAGCUCCUCCGAAGUACUUUGUGAGUGGCGACGUAGGUCGUUAUGAUGUAGAUCCAAACGAAGACAAUUAUGGACAAGUUACUUUAUUCUGGAGAAACGUUCUUGACGAUAAAGAGAAAAGCAGAUUAGUGAACAAUUUAGUACAAAGUCUUAGCAAUGCAUCGACAUUCAUCAUUGAAAGAGCCGUAAAGAAUUUUACGGAAGUAGAUACUGAUCUUGGCAAAAGACUUACGGAAGGUCUUCAUGAUAAUGGUGUAUUAAUUAAUUCUUAUGGAAAGAUUGUGAAAAAAUAAAGAUUACUUUUUUUUAUAUUAUAAUCAUUAAUUUAGAUUAGAUAUAUAUUAUAUAAUUGUUAAUAUUUUCCAUAAUGAAGCACAUUAUUAUUUUAGUUAUCUAUUUACAUCAUUUUCUGAAGCUAAACAUAUUUUAUAAUGUCUGAUAUUUUUUUUUCUUUAUUAUAUAAUUAUUAACAGAUCCAAUUAAUUAUGUAAAUGUGUGAGGAUUAGUAUAUAAAGAAAAA